AUGUUUGAUUGUAAACCUAUUUCUACUCCGUUUGCUGCUCAUUUCAAACUGUCUGUUGACUCUUGUCCUAAGUCCGAAGAGGACAUUGAAAGGAUGUGUACUAUCCCGUAUGCUAGUGUUGUUGGUAACCUUAUGUAUGCUAUGGUUUGCACUAGACCUGAUUUAGCUUUUGUGGUAAGCAUGGUGAGCCGAUACAUGCCUAAUCUUGUAAAGGAUCAUUGGAAUGCCGUGAAGUGGAUUCUUCGUUAUGUGAAAGGGUCCGUUGAUAUUGGUUUGGUAUUUGAUAGAGAUAAGGCAUCGUCUUAUGAUGUUGUUGGGUUCGUUAAUUCUGAUUAUGGUGGCGAUCUCGAUCACAUGAGGUCUAUUUUUGGUUAUAUUUUUUCACUGUGCUCUGGUGCUAUCUCUUGGAAAGCACAAUUACAGUCUAUUGCAGCCCUUUCUACUAUCGAAGCUGAGUAUAUCAUUGCAACUGAAGGUGUUAAAGAAGCUACCUUGUUGCGCGAGGUCUUCUUAUUGAUCUUGGUGUUCAAUCGGGCUGAUUCUCAUUGCUCGAAGACCAAGCACAUUAACGUUAAGUACCACUUUAUCAGAGAUACUAUUGCUGCAGGGGAGAUUGUGGUAAAGAAAGUUUACAUGUCAGAGAAUCCCAUAGAUAUGUUAACCAAGUUGCUUGCUAUUACUAAGUUUAAGCAUUGCUUAGACUUAGUUGAUGUUCUUCAUGCUUAA